AUGUCGCAAAAAGGGAAGAAGAGCGCUGGCCCGGCCAAGGGCAAGAAGCCCGCCAAGGCCGGCGGCGAGAGCAAGACCGAGGAGGUUUUGCAGGCCGUGGUCCUCGCCGACUCGUUCCAAGACCGAUUCAAACCCUUUACCGUCGAGAAGCCGAGAUGCCUUCUGCCCCUCGCCAAUACCCCCCUCAUCGACUAUACGCUCGAAUUCCUGGCCAUGAAUGGCGUUGACGAGGUGUACAUCUACUGCGGCGCGCACACCGACCAGGUCGAAGAUUAUAUCAAUCGCUCGCGGUGGUCGACGUCCUCGCGAUCGUGCCCAUUUUCCGUUGUGCAGUUCGUCAGGGUAUCCGAUGCGCGGUCGGUCGGCGACGUCCUGCGCGACAUGGACAAGCGCUCCCUCGUCGACGGCGACUUCAUCCUUGUACACGGCGAUCUCGUAUCAAACAUCAUCCUGGACAAAGCUCUCGCGGCGCAUCGGAAGCGGAGAGAGGCCAGCGCCGCCAACAUCAUGACGACGGUCCUCCGCAGCGGCGGCCCUGGCGAGCACCGAACCAAGACGAACGGCAUUACGCCAAUCUUUGUCGUCGACUCCAAGACCAAGCGGCUGCUUCAUUACGACGAGAUGCACCCCCUGCAGAGCGACCACUACCUGGCCCUCGACCCUUUGAUCGCCGACGAGCUGUCUACGGAGUUUGAGGUGCGGUCGGACUUGAUUGACGCGCAGGUCGACAUCUGCACACCCGAGGUGCUGGCGCUGUGGUCCGAAAGCUUCGACUACGAGCUACCGCGGAGAAACUUCCUGCAUGGCGUCCUGAAAGACUGGGAGCUGAACGGCAAGAUGAUCUACGCCGAGAUUCUGGAAGACGGAUACGCCGCCCGGGCCAGCAACCUCCAGCAGUACGAUGCCAUCAGCCGCGACGUUCUCGGCCGGUGGGCGGCACCCUUCAUCCCGGAGGACAACUUGGUGCCCAAGCAGACCUACCAGCGACACGCCAACGGCCUCGUGAUGGAGGAGAGCGUUUCACAUGCGCACGACGCCCGGCUGACCGACGCCAUCAUCGGGAGACACACAACCAUCGGCUCUGGGAGCAGCAUCUCAAGUAGCGUCAUUGGCAAGGGCUGCAAAAUUGGCGCGAACGUUGUGGUGGAGAACUCGUACAUCUGGGACAAUGCCACAAUCGAGGACGGCGCCAGGAUAUCAUCAUCCAUCCUCGCAGACUCCGUCACUGUCGGCAAGAACUGCUCCAUCCCCAGCGGAUCUCUCGUCUCCCACAAGGUGCAAAUAAGCGACGGCAUCUCACUGGAUAAGGCGGCCGUGCUCUCGACAGUCACUGCCGAAGGGGAAGCCGUCGAGAAGGAUACCGCUCUCCUCGGCGCGAGCACCAACGCCGCCCCCUUCUUCGACCCGGAAGACGACGAGCUGGACGAGGAGGACCCGGCCCGCCUCCAAAAGUCGCUGCUCUACUCGCUCGCGGAAUUCAACCUCUCCACGUCCUCCAUCUCGACGCUGUCCUCGGACGUUCUCACCGACGACGAGGACGACCCCAACUUCCUGGGCGUCGGCGGCGGUGCCGGCUCUUCGCGCUCGCGCCUCUCCUCCUUCGCGUCGGACGACUCGGGCGGCCGGCUCUCCUUCCACGCCGACGCCGUGCACGGGCUUGUCGACGCCUUGCGCGCCGACUCGGGCGACUUCGACUCGGCCAAGCUCGAGUUCAUGGGCCUGCGCCUCGCCAACAACGCGUCGGACGCCAUGAUGCGCAAGGCCGUCGCCACGGCCUUUGCCCGCCGCGCCGCCGAGCUGCUCACCCCGGAGCACGGCGGCCUCGAGCCCAGCAAGGCCGCCGAGCGCGCCCUCACCGCCAGCAAGGGCGCCACCAAGUUCAUCGCCGAGGUGGGCGUCGGCGGUGGCGAGCCCGAGCAGGUCGAGUUCGCGCUCGCACUGCAGCGCGCCCUGCAGAGCCAGGUCGCCAAGAGCGCCGGCACUGCCGCGGACCAGGCCGGCCGGACGGGCACGCUGCUCGCCGCGCUCCUGCAGCAGCUCUACUCGCUCGACAUCCUCGAGGAGGAGGGUAUCCUCGGCUGGUGGGAGGACGAGCGGGCCGUCGACGGCGAGGGCAUGGCUGCGCUCAAGGAGAAGUGCAGGGUGCUGGUGGAGUGGCUGGAGAACGCCGAAGAGGAGGACGACAGCGACGAGGAGGAGAGCGACGACGAGUAG